AUGACAGCGUCCAACCAAACGCGUCUUCACGUUUUUUCUGUUACACUCUUGUCCUACCUAAUGACACUAACUUGUUUGAUGAUUUUUUUGGAUGCCGAGACUUCGGCGAAAUUUAAAAUAAAGAAAAAAAGCAUUCUUGAUUAUGACGACGCCGAUGUAGAAAGAUUAUUUGAACAAUGGGAGGAAAAUGAUGAACCAUUAGAACCUGAUGAAUUGCCAGAAUGGAAGCAGCCAUCACCACAAAUUGACCUGUCCAAGUUUCAAGAUGGGGAUGUUGAAGAAAUGUUGAAAAUGUCAAAAAAAAAGAAGACCCUUAUGAUGUUUGCCUCCGUUUCUGGGAAUCCAAAUAAGAAAGAAACAGAAUCAAUAUCACAACUUUGGCAGAUGAGUUUAUUUAAUGCCAACAUCGAAGUUCAAACGUACGUGGUGAGUGAAAAUCGUGUCCUUUUGACAUUAAAAGAUGGAUCGUUGGCGUGGGAUGUUAAAGAUUUUCUGAUUCAGCAAGAUAGAUGUGAUUUCGUGACCAUCGAAGGCAAGGAGUACUUUGCUAAGGAUCGUACACACCGUGUGCAGACCAGUUAG